AUGACACACAAGCAAUAUCGUAAAUCUGGAGUUAGGAACUUCAGCUCUUCUUCUUUAUGUGCACCAGGAAAUGCCAGUGGAUUCAGCGUCUCUUCAUACCGCAGAGGUCCAAGCUUUGGUAGCAGAAGCCUUUACAAUGCAGGCUCUCUUGGUGGCAGAAUGUCAGUUGCAAGCUACCAUCCUGUGAGGGGCUCAUAUGGGUAUGGUGGACUUGGAUCUGGACUCAGAGUUGGUGGUGCUGGAUCAGCCUUCAGCUGUAGAGUUGGUGGGGGAUACAGUGGUGGUGGUGGUGUUGGUGGUGGAUUUGGUGCUGGUGGUGGAUAUGGUGUUGGUGGUGGUUUUGGAGUUGGUGGUGGCAUUGGUGGAUAUGGAGCUGGAUUUAGCCCUGUCGGCAUCACACCAGUUACUGUCAACCAAAACCUUCUCACGCCACUCAACUUGGAGAUUGACCCAAACCUCCACAGUUUAAGAAAAGAAGAAAAAGAGCAAAUUAAAACACUGAACAACAGAUUUGCAUCCUUCAUAGACAAGGUCAGAUUUUUGGAGCAACAAAAUAAAAUGCUGGAGACUAAAUGGACCCUGUUACAAGAACAAAAGACUGUAAAAAGCCAUAUAGAACCCUACUUUGAGGCUUACUUAAACAAUCUCAGGAGGCAAAGUGAAGGUCUUGGUGGGGAAAAAGCCCGGCUGGAGGCUGAGCUAAAGAAUAUGCAAGAUACUGUGGAGGAUUACAAAAAUAAGUAUGAAGAUGAAAUUAAUAAGCGCACAGCUGCUGAAAAUGAAUUUGUUGUACUUAAAAAGGAUGUGGAUGGUGCCUUUAUGAACAAAGCAGAUCUGGAAGCCAAAGUGGGAAUGCUGCGUGAUGAAAUCAACUUCCUCCAACAAAUAUACCAACAGGAAAUAGAUCAGCUCCAUGCCCAAAUUUCAGAUACAUCAGUCGUUGUGUCCAUGGACAACAGCCGAGAUCUUGACAUGGAGAGCAUCAUUGCAGAGGUCAAAGCUCAGUACGAAGAUAUGGCUAAAAAGAGUCGAACUGAAGCAGAGUCUUGGUAUCAAACCAGGUACGAGCAGCUGCGGAUCAGUGUGGGAAAACAUGGUGAUGAUUUACGGAAUACUAAGAAUGAAAUUGCCGAACACAACAGAAUGAUAAGCAGAAUCAAGGGAGAAAUAGAAAACGUAAAGUCUCAGCGUGCUAAGCUAGAAGCUGCCAUAGCAGAGGCUGAGGAACGCGGAGAAGCUGCAAUCCGUGAUGCCAAGAAUAAACUGGUGGAGCUGGAAGAUGCACUACAGAAGGCCAAGAAGGAGAUGGCUCGCCUAUUGAGAGACUAUCAGGAAUUGAUGAACGUAAAGCUGGCUCUAGAUAUUGAGAUCGCCACUUACAGGAAGCUUUUGGAAGGAGAGGAGUGCAGGAUGGCUGGAGAUGGAGGCUCUGUCAGCAUCUCUGUGGUGAGCUCCACCACUGGUGGAGUCAUCGGAGGAGGGUAUGAUGGAGGCAGCGGAUUUUACCAUGGAGGAUCAGGAUUCAGCUCUGGAAGUGGAAGAGGUUUAGCUGGCAGCAGAUUUAGCUCUGGAAGCACCAUGAGCUCUAGCGGUGGAUACAUCACCACAGGAGGAAUCCACAGCAGCUCCACUGGGGGAACAGUACACCCUGGCGGGUACUCUUCAGGAGGUAGUGGCAGCUCUUCUGUUAAUGUCACAAAAACCACAUCAUCCACAAGAAAAAUCUAA